CGAUCAAUUGAGCAAUUCGAAAGAAGAACGAAUAAUUUCUUCAUUUGCUCAAGCUAAGAAACAUACAUCUCUCUGCGUCCAUUAAUAAGUUCGAAGAUAAUAUGAGUGGGAAACUAGGUGGUGCUGUAAAUGAUCCACAAAUCAAAGAGGGAAGUAGUCAAAUUAAUAAUGCAGUCUUAGAUGCAUCAGCUCCACCAGAAGACAAUCCGGGAAGUCCUCCAGAAACCAAUUCUUCACCCAGUGCUGUAGAAGAUAAUAAAAAGAAUAAUAUAGAAGCCUCAGCUGCACAAUCACCUUCAACCGACAAGGGAAGCCCUCUAGAAACCAAUUCUUCACCCAAUGCUGUUGAAGAUAAUAACAAGAAUAAUAUAGAAGCCUUAGUUGCACAAUCACCUUCAACCGACAAGGGAAGUCCCCAGAAAACAAUAAAGAUAAGAAAAGAAAAGUUAAUGCUUCCAUUAAUGGCGAUGCUAAUUUAUCAAAACGUGGAAAAAAGAAGUUGUCAUCCUCUUAAUAAGUGUUUAGUAACAGCCAUAUAUGUUGGAGUUGUCGACUACUUCAGUAUUAAUGGGUAA